ACUACAAGUCAAGCAAAGCAGUAACACGCAUAUCAUUCCAGAUACAUUAAAUAAGAAAAGUUUUUGAAGUUUUCGAAACGAAAUAUAAUCGAAAAAUAUAAAGAAAAAAUGUUGUUUAUAACACGCGAAUACAAAUUCCAAAACUCAGUCGCAGUGGACAAAAUAGAUCAACACACGACAGCCAUGCGAAGUCUCAAAAAGCUAAUUAAGCCAUUGUUGCGGAUCAUCAAGAAGAAGCAGUUACUGAAAAAAACUUUAGCCGAAGUACAACAGCAGAAUGCAUACAAUUCUUCACUGGAAGAUAUGCGAAAAGAUCCAGUAGCCGCCAAUGCAAUUAAUGACAAUUUGGCUAACGAGGCGCUGGAGCAGCUCAUCUAUGAUGAAAUACGUCAUUGCGGUGAUAAUGCUGCGGUAAUAGUACAGCAAGGUCAAGAUCAACAUGUUCUACCUGUAGAUCGAAAACAAGAAUUUAUACCGGUUCACUUCGCACGCACCUCAAAUGGUACUUUCUUCUGGACAUCAACGGACAUUCAACGUCAACGGCAACAAGAGCUUGAACUGCGUCAGCACUUAGAUCGUUGGGGGCAGGCUUAGAUUCCGACAUGACGUCUAUAAAAUAUAUUUCUCGCCAGCUUUAAAUGCAAACUUAACAAUUAUAUUCUGUUAAUGAAUAUAUUUUCGAUUAAUUUGCUGAACUACUACUAUUUUAGUGAUAUUAGUGUUUAUAAAUAAUUGAUAUUCAAUUGUUAUUAUCUAGAAAUGUUUGAUUCCUAAAAUUUGUGUCAAAUUUGAAAGAAUUUAUUACAAUUAUUUUUGUACUUUUAAUAUUUUGUGAUUUUAGUACAUAACAAAUUAGAAUUAAGAAAUUAUAUAUAAAUAUCUAUUAUCAUUGUCUUCCUAGGUUAUUAAGUGAUUUAGUUUUAUAUCAUUGUCCUCCAUGUAAAAUAUUUUAUAUUUAAGCUAUUUUUUUAAGAAUUAAUUAAUUAAAAAAAUAAACAAC